AUGGUGUCUCCUGCGCAUGGUCAAGAGCUCAACUCGCUUCCGUCCACCCCGCUCACGCCCUCUCUUUCGAUCGUCGACAGUAUCGAGUCGGAUUCCGCGCCAAGGACACCCGCCUCAAUGAACAUCUUGCUCGAUGCGGUCGAUGUAGAGCCUCGAGCACUGAGGGAUGAUCGGACCGACAGUAGCAGCAAUGUGUCAGGCAGCGAGCUGGGCGAUGAUGAUACGAUUCGUCUACUGGUUGAUCCUCACGCCACCCCUACGCAAGAGGGUAGGUAUCAGUCAUCUUCCGAGGGAGUGGAGGGGGAACAAGCAGGAGCGGACGAUGACAUGUUCCCGUCUACGGCAUCGCAUGAGUCGCAGGCCACGAGACAGCGCGUCGAUCAGAUUCGCCCCCCACAGCCGGCUCAUGACCCCUCCGAACCUGUGCGUAUCACCAGCGGUCCACCGGUUGGCUGGAGAUCGACUAUCCCUGCUUCACCCCCCCUUUCAACGCAAGAUCCAUUGACGCAAACGAGAGUGUCCCCUGUCAGUGGCGAGGCACCAGCCAACGCUGGGCUGGACCAGCAACACGAUCUUCGUCGAUCGAGAGAGACCUUCAUUCCUGGCCAAGUCAACAGUCGCCUGUCGAUGACUGUCAAGGGUCGUACCGUCUCAGGAGCGAUGCAGCACGCCAUGCACAGGGUCGAGCAGACAGAUCAAGCCUCAGACUCAGCGGGGUACAAGGGGCCUGGGGAGCGACCAUCUUCAUUCGACUUGCAAAGCACUACGACCUCUCAGCAAGACGAGGAGAUUUGGAUGUCGUACGUCAGAGAUCAGCUCGCGGCGCUCUUCCCCGAUUUCUUCGACCCUUCAGAGUAUAGUUCAAGUCACGACGGUGGAUCCUCAGCUAUCAUGGCCCAGGCGAGAAGCCAAGCGGAGGGAAUAGCCAGAGACGAGGUGGCGCAGAGGCUCGAUUCGAACCAGAGUCAAGAGAAGGGAGGUACCGCGAUAGACAUCGGCUGGAACGUCAUCCAAGAUCGGGGACAUCGUCGAGCCCUGACGUCAAACCGUGUGCCUAGCGUAACCAAUGUUAAGAUAGGCAUGCGAGAUGAAAGCACAUCAGUGGGGACCAACACUGGGGAGCUGGGCAAUGGUAGUGAAGAUGAUGACGGAAGGCCCCCCACUGGAGACGACAUUGAUCGUGAGAUCCAAUCGAGGUCUGGCGAUCUCUCCUCGUCUCAAAUUAUGACUCCGGAAGCAUUGACAUUGAUCCGAUCUAUCGACCACUUGUUUCGUGGUGAAGUACGCGAGGAUGGACACAUCUUCGAGUCGUCCAACCUUGUCCGUCUGAACCUGUCCGUCAGCGAGAAAAUACCUGGCACAUAG